AUGUCCCCCAAACUUGCUGAGGGUGCAUUCAAUCCCAUUGUCUAUAUCAUUGAUAAAGAUGUUGAAGAGCACUGGCUCCAAGACUGUCGCCAUCACCAGCUUCUACCUAAGCCGCCGACACGGCCUCACACUCACCUCCCCCGGGCGGCAGCGGGACGCUCCGCGCCCCUUCCCCGUGCUCCUUUCCCCCUCCUCCUCCGCUCCCGGCGCGCAGCUCCAGCUCCGGUCCCGCAGCCGGGAGGUGCCGCCCGGCGGUCCCGGCUCUCCGCGGGUUGCGCGGGGAGGAGGAGGGCAGCGGGGAGCUCCUCGCUUCUCCCGGGAUGCGCCGCCUCGGGCUGCCUCCUCCUCCCCCUCCUCUUUUCACGGCCUCCCCACUGUCCGGAGGUGCCGCCCGGCCGUCCCGUUCGCCGUCCCCCGCCCCUCUCCCCGCACAGGCCCCGCCGGCGGCCGGCAGUACCCGGGGGCGGCGGGAUAUUCCGGCCCGGCCUCCUCUCCUCUUCUCUCCCCGGGGCCUGCUGCACGAUCUCCGCGGGGAGACGAGGCCCUGCCCGGCCUGAGCAGCCCCGGGAAGGUCACCGGCAGCGUGCAGCCGGGAGAGGAGCGGCUCCCCCCGGCCCCGCUCCUAAAGCCGCCGGCCCAGCCUCAGCCUCAGCGGCCGCUGGGUGCCGCGCUCCGCCCGGGCUCGCUCCGUGCCGCUGCCCGGUGCCGCCUCCAGCUCGGAGUGCCAGGCUGCCCCCUUCCCUUUCUUCCUUCCUUCCUUCCUUCCUUCCUUGCCUCCCGCCCCUUCCCCGCUGCCAGACUUCCCCCGCCCGGUGCCAGGCUGCCCCCUGCGGGUCUCGCCGCCCACCGCCGGCAGUACUCCAGUGCCGGCAGAGGGGUCCUCGCCGCAGCCACCGCUCUGCCCCGGGCUCAGCGGCAGCUGCAGUGACUGUGUGUCUGUGUCAUGUCUGUGCAUGGGCGGGAGGAGGCGCGGCGCCGAGGCGGAGCCAGCCCAUUGACACACCGCCCAGCGACAGGCAACGAGCGCCCAACCAGCGGCAACCGCGCACCGACCGCCUUCACCGAGCGGCGCCCCCGGUCCGCUGUACCUGGACCGGGCCGGGCCGGGCCGGGCCGGGCCGGGCCGGAGCGGGAGGGGCAGAGAGGGGAGAGCCGGCCCCGCACGGGGCUGCACCUCAGCGUACACUCUACCAAAAUACUGUGAACUCAGGAGCAGAUUAUUCAUGGGAAAAUAGCGUUUGCCAGACUCAAUUAAGACUUUGGUCCAUCAACUGCAGUGCUCUGCCACCAGCUGUGCCCACUGCCCGAUGCUUCAGUCAGGAGUGGUAUCAGAUGAACUGCAGUAAAUCAUGAAGUUGAAUGUAACAUAUACAGGUUUGUCUCCAUAGUUUUCAUGAGCAAAUCAAAGUCAGAAAUGAGCUAUACUGCAGUGAGUUACUCUGUCCAUGCGCUUAAGUGAUGCAAAAGGGUCUCCUAUAAUGAAAUAACAUCUUUGUCUUUGCUUGCAAUUGUGAAGGUUUGCAACUGCUUUGGUGGCAGUCGUGAUGAAAGAAUUGCUGGGGAUGUAUGGAGGAGGACCCAAGACUGUCUGUAUGCUUUCAUUAUUAAGAAAGCCACGUUGUCUACUGCCUACCACUGGAAAUUUGAGUGGAUUCAUAUGUUUUUAGUUUCAUGCCGUGUCCUAAAGAUUUGUGAAUUUCUUGCUGGAUCAAUAGGUAAAGGCAUAAGAGUGCACAUAUUCAGACAGGUUAUAGCACUUUCACAGUAGCAAAGCAUCACUGAGUACAGUAGGACUAAGUCUGUUCGUAAGACCUUGAAAAUUUACAAAUUAGCUGAGUGUCAGUGAGAACAAAAUUAUUUCCAGUAUAACCAUUUGAUGUGAAAGAAAGGAGGGGUCUGAGGUCCAUAAAUAUUCAAGCUAAGAGCGUACGUGGAGUUCAUCUCCUGUUGGGACCAAUGAAGUCUUUUUUACAUUCUUACAGUUGCUUCAUUGUUCUAGAUGAAGUCAACCAGUAUGAGCUCUUUUGAGAAAAAAGACAGUGCUUUGUUCAUCAAGUGACAUCAAAUGCUUUACUAGUGCAUUACUUCCUAGCUUCAAUUAUAGCUAAAACAUUCUUGAAAGCUACUAAGGUGUCUCUGCCCAAAUUACUCCACAGACACUCCUGUGAUUUAUGAACAUUUUAAAUACAUGGUAAGACUGGUGCUGCUAUGUCACACUCAAGGUUUUGAACAUGCAUGGACAAAAUAAAGUUUUCCAUGAGCUGCUUUUGUGUGGAGUUAGUGAAACAGCUACUUUUGUAUAGAAGUUAACCGUUCUGGAUAUUGUCACAGGGAACCAGAGGCUGAUUGGAUUGUGUUAACUGAUGUACUAAAACACAGAAGGUUGCAACUCUUUGUUCAUAAAUCAUCACUCUUGACUUCUAGAUGUGAAAUUGCACAACUGUUGAUGAUAUCAGAGUACAAAGAGCAAGACUAGAAGUCUGGAGCAAGUCUCAGUCUUUGACGUUCUUCUUAUCUGCCACUACAGUGAACACAGGGCUGCUGAAGGACUGACUGCCCGACAUCUCUUGUAGUAGGAAAGAUGUUUUAGACAGGAAAUGACUGAGAUAUAAUCUCCAGUGGAAAAAUAAAUGUCUAGGUCUUGCGUGUAAAAUGGAAAGUCCAUUACAUAAGAAGCUCUCCCUUAUGGACUCUAAAUUAAAGUUUAAUUGAGAACAAAACACAACAAACAAACAAACAAAAAAGACACCACCAAAAUAAAAGCAGCCUGAACAAAAUCCAGAGCUCUUGUGGCUGUAACAACUAGGGGAAGAAUCACCUUGAUAAAAUUCAUACCUUUAAGUGAGUAGAAAACAUCAUGAAAACCUAAAAAAUCUAGAAUUCAAAGAAAAAUAAAUUAUUAAAGAGAAAUGUUUGUCUUUUAUGCCAAAGUCAAUUUCUGACAAUAAACUGAAUGUUCUGCGAUAAAUUAUGUUGAAUUUCAUGCACAUUUCUCCUGGAAUUCUGUUGUGCUUCUGACCCAAAAAGGAAAAGGUAAACAUGUUUACUUGCAUCUUAGCUAAGUGUACAAUGCUACAGUCUAAGAAAAGGUGAAGGAGAGGGCUAUUUUCCUCUACUUGUUUACUUUGUACUGCAGAGAACUGUUUACAGAUUUUCUGUUUUAUUGUUGCUAUCAGUUAACUAAUUUCCCUUUGUUAUGACUUAGUUAAAUGGAGAAUAGUUGGGGUUUUUUGUUUGCUUUUAAUCUGUUUUGUUUUUAAAGGAAGGAAUAAUGCUUUUUAAAACCAUAACAAAUAGUGGUAAGAAGUAGAAGAGUAAGUAAUUUUAUGAAGUUAAUCUAAUUUGACAGUAUUUUUUAUAAGUUGAGGUCUACCAAGAUGGUCAGGUCUGCAUUGCUACUUAUCGAUGACUGUUUUGCUAGUCUGUCACAUACAACUCAGAAAAGAUUUUGGUUUUUCACUCCAUAAAGUUAACUCUAAUAUCUCCUGAGGUCUCAGUAGUGUGUAAGUAUAUCCUAUAAAAUGAAUAAUAAUUGCUGUGUUUAAAGUGAUGUGCUUUUGGUUCAUGGUUUUUUGUUUUUGUUUUGUUUCUGAUGUAGUCUUCACACUAUUCUACUCGCAAUGAAGUUCUGGAUAAUGUACAAUAACAUGAUUUGUCUGUGUUAACAUGUAUCCUUCCAUUUACUGAAACUUCUAGCAAAGAAAAGCAACACCGGACAAAGUUUAAGUAAAUUUGCUUAGCUAGGAAGAUGAAAUUGACCCAAAUACUCUUACAGCCUAAAUCAAGGUACGUUGAAGUAAGUAAAGCAACUUCAGUGAUUCUUCUAGUAUUCAAUCUAGACUGUCCUUUGUGUCCUAAUCUGUGUUAUGGGAAAAUGUGUCUACACAUCUAUACAUACGCUUUUGUGAAGCUUCUUUUUAUUAAUUAUUUCUAUUUGGUUCACCACAGUCCCAAACAAAUAAUGGAUAUAUUGUUUAUCUCUUGUUAUACAGUCUGUUUUCUUUUGUUGCGUCUCCAUUUAUUCUCCUGCUGUAUGAAUGCUAAAUGAGAUUAUGACAAGCCUCAACUAAGUUGUAAACCUAUAUAAUUAAUAUCUGCUAUCCUUUCUAGGAGAAUUCAAGUGCACAAUGUAUUGCUCCUUCACUCUUUGCCUUAUGCAUUUAGAUUUUAAUUCAUCUAAGGAAACCUUUUACUUCUCAGGUAAAAAUGAGGAUCAAAACAAGAUCUUUUAUUUCCAUUAGAAGCACUUAAUGGUCUUCUCGUUUUUGGAAGGCCUAAUUGUUUCCAGAAUAGCUUCAUUAACUUCUGAAAGUGUUACCAAGACAGGCGUCCCCAGAGCCAGGAUGCUAAUUAGAAGGAAAACUGGCCUUAGAGUAUUUGAAGAAUUGUGUCUUCUUUAAAAGAGCAAGAAGGCUCAUUCAAUCAUUGACAGAAUGUUUCUGCCAAGAAGUAGGAAUAACUGCCAGUUAUACAGACUCAGAGAAUACCUGUGACAAAUGACUUAUUCCCACAGUCAAAUGACUUCUUCAGACAACCAACAACAGGAAGCUCUCUGACGAUUAAGUGAAUAGUACUAAGAUGUCCAUCAACUUCAGUGCAGUCCAAAUAAUGUCAUUCAUGGCCAACUUCAUCUGUCAGCUCCAGUAUUCCUAAUUCAGUGGGUUAAGCGAGUUUGGAGGGUGCUUUGAUUGCUUUUUUAGAUGCCAGAGCAACAGUAGUAGCACAUUUGGUCUUCAUCAUGUUCACACUGGCUUUAUGUAGAAGCUCUUGUAUGUCCAACAAAAAAAAGCCAACCAACAAACCUAUGCAGAACUGAAGAAUAAGUGCAGAUAUAAAAUGUAAACAAAAUUAAAAUAGAUGAGUGGUAACAAUAUACAUCCUAAUAUCUAUAUAAAAAUACCUGCAUUAAAAUUAAGUGGUGUAGGGAAAUAAAUUACUCCAAAUUUAAGUAAGAAUCACUACCAAAUGAGUGAAAUAAGAAUACAAAAAUAAGUGCCCACAAUUAUUAGUCAGAUACUAGAAGUUCUGUAUUAGUGUGUAUCUCAGAUGUGUGCUGUUAAUAAACUAAAAUAUUAUUUGGCCAGGACUGAGGUGUGACAGUGAGCUGCACUGAGCUCUCUGUGGCCAAGACUGUCGAUUCUAAAGGAAGUUUCUGUGUUUUUGCUGUCAUUUGAAAAGUUAUGAACUAUGAUCUGGACUCGCUACGCUGGCAAAAGAGUAGGGAAAGUCACCUCGUCUCAGUAGUAAAACUGUCAGUAACAAAAGGAUGAUUCUCAGUUUCUCCACUAGUUACAGGGAAGCUGAUACUGAGGUCAAACAGCAAGGCAAGACCAAUACUAGUGCCAAUGAACAUGUCAACAUUAAACACCAUUUUUUCAGAGAAUUACUUUAACACUUCAAUAUUCUGUGAUUCAGGUGGUAUCUGGACACAGUAGAGGUUUUUUUCAUUGAUUCUUAGAUGAAACUAAAGCUGUUAGACAUUCUGACUAGGCUGGACCCAGAAAAAGGACAGUCCUUCAGUCUGAAGGUGACAUUGAAGGACCUCAGCAACAGAUACAAAAAAUCCCAACCAAUUCAACCACACAAGUGCUAGCAUUGCUACUUACUCUAAGAUUGCAGUCUGUAUCAGAUUGCGUGCUGAGGAAAAGAGUAAGCUUUCCCCAUCAUGGAUGGCAUCAGAAUUCACUACUCCUGCAGUACCUAAAAAAUAAAGACCAGAUAAAGACAAGUUUCCAAUGAAAUCAGCAUGCAUUUAAGUCAGUUAAAUAAAUUUAAUCUACAGAGAGGAAAAAUAAUUAUAAAUAUCGCUUCUCUAGCACACAAGAUCACAGCAAUACAAUUAGAAAUGUUACUGGCAUGGUACCCUUUCCCUGUGUUGACAGUAUUUCCAAGUGUGCUGCUUUAUUGUUUCUGUGCUAGAUUGAUAUUAAAGCAACUACAAUGAAAGUGAAUGACUUGAAACUUUUCCAAUACUAGGCUUGAUGCCCAUGGCAUUUUGAAACUUUCUACCCACCUUCUUCCAGUCAGCUUAACCAAAGGCAAAACAGACGCAGCCAAGACAAGUGUUCAUUAGUACGAGGUUCUGUAUUUUCCUACCUUCUCCAUGAUCAAGGUGCAAAACAUGGAGGCUUUAUGAUGAAUGCAUUGUUAGCUCUACUGUGGCAAUCAGUAAGUUGUACUAUAGGAGAAUUACACGUUUUUAUCAGCUCACUGAAAGGAAGGACUGGUUGCAAGUGAUAUUUGUACAGGGCAAUCUUUUGAGAGGUAGAUGGCUGAGAGGCAAGGUUGUCAGUAGCUGGACCCUCAAAGGUAGUUUUAUAUUAAGAAAACACCUGAGAAUCCUGCUAGGGAACAAUGCCAUCAGCGUGUGGGCAUAAAUAGAUGGAUUUUACUUAUGUAAGCUCUUUAAAAUCCCUGUGUGAUUAAUAGAAGCUUGAUAAAGGGGACAGCUGCAUUUGUAAAGAAUCUGUACCCAUUACAUGGACUCAUACCUCUUGUUCUUUCUAAGCUAAGAAAGCUCAUUCUCUCUUGAACUGUUACCAGGCUUUUUGUGUACUGAUCUCAAAGAACAAGUGAUUUCUAAAAAAUCUUUUUUACCCAGCACUAUGGGAACAAAACAGUUUUUCUUAACUGGUCGCCCCUCUGUAUUUGAGCCUAGUUGGGAAUGGUUACUGGAACUAACAAUGGACAGUUUAUUUCUUCCAUGGAGAACAAAACAGCCUUUUGGGAAACACUAAUUUUCAGUUUCCUUUGCUGCACUGAGCCCAGUAAGAGUAUGUUUUCUAUGCUAAAAUGUUAACAUAUUGGGCUGAUUAACGUCCCUUGAAAAAUAUGAUUACGCAACAAGAUCAGUAGCCUCACAGUUCCAUACUUUCCAGUUAGUUUUGAGGUAACAUACAGGUAUGUUCUGCCUUUUCUUUUGAUAACCUUCCAUUUUGUAAAUAAAAGUUCUAAAUUCAGAAGAGAAUAUUUACUGCACCAGUACAUCUGUAUCAACUUCAUCCCCCUCAGCAAGCUGCUAACUCUACAACUAUACACAGGAUUCCAUUAGGUGCACUCCGUUUUAUCAGGAACAGAUAGAUGGACAGGAUGAAGUGGAAAGUGUAGAUUCAGUAGGACAACCAGUUAAUAUAAAUUACUAAGAAACACAGUGCUAAAAAUAUCCUGUCUCCAUUAGUUCAAAUUCACACCUACUCCUAUCUGAACAGGAGAGAGAAAACAGAAAUCUCCUUCAGCUUUCAAAACUUCAUCUGUCUCCUGAGAAUCAAAUCUUCAGCAGGCAGCACCAGAACCGUACUAUAUUCCUGAAGGAUCCACUCUUCAACACCAGACUGCCAGAACUGGAGAGUCAGAGUCAUAGAUAACUCUCAGCAUAACUUGAGGGCAGUUAAAUUCCCUGGGGGCCUUGUAUGAUGGUGUCAGCCUGACUGGGUAGUAAAGCAGACCACCACUCCUGUGGGUAGUUAGUUAGAGCGUGCACUUAAUGCUUUAGUCUCUUCCUGUUCCUAUGCCUGUUACGAGCUUUGCCUCUUUUAUUUUCACAAACCAAUUGCUUUCUUGAAACAGACAUUAGGUCCCGAUGAACCACAUCAGCAGUGCAUUGGCAGUUUAAAUCCUGAGGAAAGGACAUUAUUAAGCAAACCAAACACCAAUGAUGGUACUGAGUGGACUUGGAGUAGACAGUGAACAAAGGGAAAGGAACCUAAGACAGUUGCAUCACAUAGUUUAUACUGUUCAGGUGAAACUAACACAACAGUACACCAGGCUGGAAUGUAAAUGGAGGAAAGGUGGGUACAAAUGUCUUUUAAGCUGUUUAAGUUAAGGCUGUUACUGUGAAAAAUUGCAUAGCUUCUAAUUAGAAUGCAUGUUGAAAAUUCUGCAUUAUAAAAAUGGAAAAUAGAAUCUGAACAUGCUGCGUAUCGUGAAUCCAACUGAACAGGACUCAGAGAAGAAAUUACAAAUGUGUUUUAGCAGUCACUGCAAAUUAUCUCCUGGGUUCUUUAUAUAUACAUGUUCUUGUGGUGUCAAGCUGCAGGAACUUAGGAGUUUUGUAGAGCUUGUUGCAAGUGCAGUGGCUCAGUAAACGUCUGAGCCUCUUUUCAACAAGACUGAAGAUCUCACCUUUGGCCAUAGUGAGUUACCAAAGACCAUACCAUAAGACCAUACCAUAUACCAUAUGACCAUACCAUAGACCAGCACCAUAGGGGUGCUGAGACCACAACUCUGAAAAAGUUGUGCAGACAUACUCAACGCUGCAUGCUGCAAGUUGGCUCAAAAUAAAAACAAUAUUGCUUUUAUGGCAAUAUGAAGACUUUUGCAAAAGACCAGCCCCAGGUGCGGGCAAAGUAGGACACAGUCUGGAACAGCAGAAUGACUGUGGUCCAAUAAACCACAUUGUCCAUGCCUGAUCUGUAGUAAACUAUUUGCCUCCUCCUACUGCUGUCACCAGAGUACAGACAGGGUGUCUGGUAUGAUGUCUGUCCACUGCUGAGACUGAGGGUCCUCUCCAGCAGUGCUGUAUAUGACAACAUGCUACCCACCCUCAUAGAAGCACCGGAGUUGACCAAUACUUCACUGUAUGGUCUCCAACCUGUUUCCAUCUCGUUCCUUUCCCUUGGCAACAGCAUCCCCAUCCCAAUUCCCUCAGCUUUGAGGCAGAAACAGUGCUUUUUGUGUGUGUUGAGAUUGUUGAGCUUGCUGUGCUUUUUAGGAACGGGUCUUAAGUAUAUACCACAGCUUCACAAGGAUUAAAUGCUACUGUCAUGUUAGUUCCUUGGUAAGUUUUGUCAAACAAACAAAGAUAGCUUUUAAAGAGAAUGGGAAUGGUGGAAGGCAACCAAAUGCAGGACAACACAGUAGCAAAAUAUGAGUGGAAAUCAGAUGUGCAUGCGCUAUUUAUUAUAAUUAGCGAUUAUUUGAUGGUAUCACUGCACUUGUAGACUAACAUGCCUUUUUUUUUUCUUAAAUAAUAAUAAAAAACUAAGAAAAAUUGUGCUAAGUUCUUUUACCAAAAAUAAGUACAUAAAGGUGUUACUCUUAGGUAGUUAUGAACAAGACAGAAGUGAUGUCAUACAGUGCUAUUCAUAUACCACACAACUAAACUCACCAGCUUUCUGAGAGCAACAAUCAAAACAACAUUCUCUCCCCUGCCCAGAGCAGACAGAUCCAUACAUUCUAUAACCCUCAGAUUUCCACAAAAUACGGGUCUCAUUGUGUUCAAAAUCGUUAGACUUGGUGAAUGAGUGAUGCAGAACCUCCUUACAGAAUUGCAGUAUGACACUAGAAGUGUACCAAAAGAGGUAAAUCUCAUCAAGCUCUGAAUCUCUCCACUGAUUUUUGGCAGGAAUGUGCUCUAUUCCCUUAUACUUAGUAGAUCCUUUGUUCAAAAAGAGAACUAAACAGUUGGAAUUGUUUAUCACAUAAUUGUUUCAAAGGAAACCAAAAGAUGCUGUAGUUAAGAAGUAAUUAGGCAAAAUCUAGUACUUUUUGAAAACAUUGCUCUGGGGAAUAAGUUCUGAAGUAGUAAUUCAUGUGAAAUAGCUAACCAGUGUUCUGUUCAGAGGGGGAGAAAAGAAAAGCAAACUGAGUUCUGCUCUUCUAUAGCUGUAAGAGUCUCUUCUAAAUUUGUGAUCUUUUCAUAUGUUUCUGGAUUCCCCCAUUUUGUUUAAGCAGAAAUUCACAGAUGCAAGUGGAAAUAUCUGGACAGUAGGAGGGAGUAAAAGGUAACCAGCAUGAAGAGCAGCUGUGGAACACAGGCAAGACACUGGUUUCACUGCUUGCUUUUUUUGUUUUUUUCUUCCCUAAAUUAUUUGUAUUGGUGAGGUUUGCAUUCUGAAAGCUUUAGCACCCUGUUAAUGCAGAUUCUCAUCUAGGAUUAUAUACAUUUAAAUCCUCGGACUGUUGUAAGUGGUGAACAUUAGCAACCAUUAUUUACUCUGCUGUUCUAUAAAAAGCAGAGGGAAUACCCGAAAGAGGAUAUUUUCCUUUGGCAAAAGGACACAACCCGAUUAGAAUGUUAUGUAAUAUUAAUACUCAUUUGGCAUCUCUACUGAGGCAGAUCCAGAAAUUCGACACCUGUGAUGGUGGUGGCAACUGCAUGCCAGAAAAAAACGAAAUCGCCUGUCUGAGAACUUUUUACUGAGUUGUUCAGAACUGACUGGUAAAGGUAGCUGAGAGGGAGCACAUGGGAGGUAAAGAAGAGAGGCUGCCAACACUGCAGGAGUCCCUUUUGCGUACAGUUAUGACAACAAGGGAAUGUUACAGACAUAAGUAGGUAUAGGUUAGAAGAGGACCAGGAAUACUGACAGAUACUCCUAGCCUCUACCAGAGGCCAAGUACCCAAACUUCAUGCAAACACUCAGCAGAAAAGGAAUUAGGCAGUGAGGAAGCGACCAAUUCAAAGCAUUUCUGUGAUGGAGGUUAAGUCAGGAACCAAGCCCAGCCUCCAUGUUGGCAGGGCAGUGAAUCCACUGACCCAAGUGCAGUCCCCAUAACUUGGUAACAUGAGCAAAGACAGAUUCAGCAACAAAAUAAAGCACAGCAAAGAACCACCUCCACAGUCCAGCCAGGCAAUGUAGUCAGGAGCAGAGAGAGCUGCAGCUUGGGGCUGAAAUACAAACCUGUUUGAGCCAAAGACUGGAGCAAGCACAGGUGAUACAACAUCCACAUAAUUCAGAGCAAAUGUAGGUUCCCAGACCUGAAGUUAAAUAGCUCUGGAACAUGGGAGAGAGUGGGCAUGGUCCCAGAUGGGGCAGGUGUGGGCAAUUAAGACUAGUUAAUGUACCCAGGACUCUAAGAGGGAAAAGAAAAUGGCUCUUAGUUUCUGUUGUGUUAUAUGUCUUUCUGCUUGCUGAGAAGCAGGAAUAUGAAAUAUGUGUUUAUGGUUCAUCAGAACAAUAACUGCUACCUUAGCAGCAGUCAUUCCAAAGAGAAUAGAGAGAAGUCUGUAGACAACACCACUACCUAGUAAAUAGGGAUUACAAAAUUAAGAGCAGAGGAACAAGUAAGGCUUACAGAGAAUGAAUGAGACUUACAGAUGGGGUAAAGGAGUGGUGAAUUCCCAGGAAAAGAAGGCUUGCAGAGGAAACAUUAAUAGUACAUGAGGGGCAAAAAGUGGGGGAGUGUGGCAAGGAGAAAAGAUUGCAGUGUGGUGAAGAAAAAGUCUGAGGUGGAAAAUGGAGCAAGAGACCUAUGCAAAAACAAAACAAAACAAACAAAAAAAAAAAAAC